CGAGGGGUGGGAGGGAGCGAGUAGCGUCUCCACCAGCAUCUGCCGCGGCCGCAUUUGCCCGAAGCCCGGAGACGGACCGACGGACAGAUCGCCUGGCAGAGGGACUUAGGAGCUCGCCUUGUGCUCGAGGCCAGCUUCAGCGAAGCUCGGGUCUUGCAACGCGCGCUUCCCCGCCGGAUCGCGGCCACCCCGGCUCCGGCGGCCUCGGCGCGCGAGGGGCUGGAGGUGCGGGAGCCGCUCUGCGCCGGUCGGUCCCUGCGCUGCUCAGCCCCGGCCGCCGCGCCGCGGCCCCAAGCAGCGUCCCUGAGCCCCAGCUUCCCGCCGGGCUGCUCCGAGCAACCGUGCUCCGGGGCUCCAAACUCGGGCUGCCGGGGCAAGUGUCUUCAUGAACCCAGAGGAUGUCCGGGAAGCAUUACAAGGGUCCUGAAGUCAGUUGUUGCAUCAAGUAUUUCAUAUUUGGCUUCAAUGUCAUAUUUUGGUUUUUGGGAAUCGCAUUUCUUGGAAUUGGACUGUGGGCGUGGAAUGAAAAAGGAGUUCUGUCCAACAUCUCUUCCAUCACCGAUCUCGGCGGCUUUGACCCGGUUUGGCUCUUCCUUGUGGUGGGAGGAGUGAUGUUCAUUCUGGGAUUUGCAGGGUGCAUUGGAGCUCUACGGGAAAACACCUUCCUUCUCAAGUUUUUUUCUGUGUUCCUGGGAAUUAUUUUCUUCCUGGAGCUCACUGCCGGGGUUCUGGCAUUUGUUUUCAAAGACUGGAUCAAAGACCAGCUGUAUUUCUUUAUAAACAACAACAUCAGAGCGUACAGGGAUGACAUUGAUUUGCAAAACCUCAUAGACUUCACCCAGGAAUAUUGGCAGUGCUGUGGGGCUUUUGGAGCUGAUGAUUGGAACCUAAAUAUUUACUUCAAUUGCACAGAUUCCAAUGCAAGUCGAGAGCGAUGCGGCGUGCCCUUCUCCUGCUGUACUAAAGACCCCGCCGAAGAUGUCAUCAACACUCAGUGUGGCUAUGAUGCCAGGCAAAAACCAGAAGUCGAUCAGCAGAUUGUGAUCUAUACGAAAGGCUGUGUGCCCCAGUUUGAGAAAUGGUUGCAGGACAACUUGACCAUCGUGGCUGGUAUUUUCAUAGGCAUUGCGUUGCUACAGAUUUUUGGGAUCUGCCUGGCCCAGAAUCUGGUGAGUGACAUUGAAGCUGUCAGGGCCAGCUGGUAGAGCGCCCACCACAGCUGCAUCAAGACACUGGACAGACCCAGCCUUCCUGCCCCACCGUGUGCCCAGCUGAUAGCCAUGCAGCACGGACCCUAAUCACAGAGGCACCCUGCAAUCCCACCUGAUGGAGCUGCCAAGAACUCGUUCUUUGGGGGGUAAAACUGGGAAAUGCUGCUCACUGACAGAAUUAAAAAGACAAAAACCAGUAUGAAAGUCGUUGCGCCGUGAAUCUCUACUGUGGCCGUGAAUUUCUGGAUGUUUGGAUACUGACCAAAAGAGAAAAAAGGGAGGGUGGGGGACCCAGAUGUACUGAAUUUGUGGAAAAGUCUCGUUCUCUGCUUCGGUGACUGGAGGGCCGGGGGAGGCAGUCUUGCUGGUGUUCGUCAUGCCUUGAAAGCACGGCCUUCUGUUCCGUGGCUGGAGGAGGUGCGCCUUUCCUAAGAAGGCUGUGGGGUUUGGGCAUCCCGUCACUGUACAUUUCAAGAAACUAUUACAACGAUCACCCCGAGAAGAAAGCAGCUUGCCUUUGGGUUCAGAUUUUUGUGACCACGUUCAACAAGUUAACUUGGGCGGGCACAUCUGGUCUCUCCUGGAGUGUCUCCGUGUAAGACAAGUUGUGUGUUCUUUGCGCACUGGGCAUGGGCUUUGGAACACUUCAUGAUGCCGAGUUUUAGUGGGACAGAUCUUUUUUCUAAGUAGGCCUGAGUUUUAUUUAUCAGUGCAAUCCAAGGAGAAAAUGAGGUUAACGAAGAGGUAUUGAAUACCACAGCCCACCAAAUUAGUCGUUGGACUCUUUAGAAUUCUCUGGGGUUUUGUUUUGUUGUGGAUGUUUUCCUUCCUUCCUUCCUUCCUCUUUUUUUUUUUUUUUGUCUUCCAAAAGUGAAAGCUAUGGUACAGUUUCUCUUGAAUUUUUAAGUCUUCUCUUACUUGGCUCGAAUAUUAAUUUUUUUCUAUAAUCUCUCUGCAUGACCCGCGAAUCUGAAUCCACCAGCUCUUUGUCCUGUCAUCUUUCCCACAAACCUUUAUAAACGUUACCUGGUCAGCAUUUAUUUCGGAGGUUCCCAGUCUGGAGAGGUGUGGCGUGUCCUCCAAGCCUGGGAAGGGGCCAGCUGGGCCAUCGCGGAUGCUUGCACGGACUCCACCGGGAGGUCUGUUGGCUGGGUCUGGGGAUUGAUCAUCGUGGCCUCUUCUGCAGCCUCCCCCUCUUUCCUUUAAAUGGAAUUAAACCAAGUUCUGAAAUGGUGUUGAUACAAUCACAGGGCUUCUGAUGCUUUUUUUUUUUUUUUCCUCUUCUGGUUUUAGUUUGUUUUUAUUAAAAAGAAAACAAAAAGGAGUGCACGGCCAGAGGCCCUUCUGCUCCCUCAGUGCAGACUCACCAUCAGCCUGGUGGCAAAGCACAAAUACUUCAGAGGGGAGAGCAGGAGGGGGGCAAAGUGUUCUGUGACGCAAGGUGGGAGAGUGCACCUCCAGGCACUGCCCCCGCCCCGCCACCCACUCCAGAUGGGAGGGACGAGUUUUGCCCCCAGAUUUUUCCUACUAACAGGUGUCUACCAGGAUGUCGCUCUCCGGGGGAGCAGAUAUUAGUCCGUGGAACACCGGGAAAUCCACAGGCAUAUUUGAGAGUGAUGACACAUUUGCAGCACAUAACUGGGCAGCCAGCCUGCGUAGUUUGUGGAAACUUAGCAAGGUUUUCCAUUUCAGCCCCGCGUUGCAUCGCCAUGGCUGAUGAAUGCGUCAGUCUGCUCAGAGAAAGGACAAAAGUUCUCUGCAAUUCUAGUCUCCAGAGGGAGGGCGUGUGUAUGACUCUGCAUGUUUGUGUUUUCGUGUCUGUAGGCUUAGAGAUGUUGAGUCCAUCUGCUGGCCGUAAGAUUUUACUUCCCCUCUGUCCCCACCACUGUGGUCAUUCUGCACUGUCAUUCCAGUGUGGAGGAGACUUGAGCUCUCCAGUUGGCCUUCUUGUCCUGUUUGUUACCUCAUUCUCCAGUGAACCCCACCUGACCAGUUGAUGCAGAAUCGGGCGAGAUUCCCACCCUUUGGCACAUCCAGUGAAAGGCCAAACAGCAAGUCCAAGUGAGUUCUAAAUUUUAAUUAAUCACCCUUUAUUUUUUACACUUGAGAGUGGUUGUAAUAAAGGCUGUCAUUAAUAAAC